ACCCACGCCGCCGUCAUGUCCCGGUACCUGCGUCCCCCCAACACGUCUCUCUUCGUAAGGAACGUGGCGGACGAUACCAGGUCUGAAGAUUUACGACGCGAAUUCGGUCGUUAUGGUCCUAUAGUUGAUGUGUAUGUUCCACUUGAUUUCUACACUCGCCCUCCAAGAGGAUUUGCAUAUGUUCAAUUUGAGGAUGUUCGUGAUGCAGAAGAUGCUUUACAUAAUUUGGACAGAAAAUGGAUUUGUGGACGCCAGAUUGAAAUACAGUUUGCACAGGGGGAUCGAAAGACUCCAAAUCAGAUGAAAGCCAAGGAAGGGAGAAAUGUGUAUAGUUCUUCACGCUAUGAUGAUUAUGACAGAUAUAGACGUUCUAGAAGCUGAAGUUAUGAAAGAAGGAGAUCAAGAAGUCGUUCCUUUGAUUACAACUACAGAAGAUCUUAUAGUCCUAGAAACAGUAGACCGACUGGAAGACCACGGCGUAGCAGAAGCCAUUCCGACAAUGAUAGAUUCAAACACCGAAAUCGAUCUUUUUCAAGAUCUAAAUCCAAUUCAAGAUCACGGUCCAAGUCCCAGCCCAAGAAAGAAAUGAAGGCUAAAUCAUGUUCUAGGUCUGCAUCUCACACCAAAACUAGAGGCACCUCUAAAACAGAUUCCAAAACACAUUAUAAGUCUGGCUCAAGAUAUGAAAAGGAAUCAAGGAAAAAAGAACCACCUAGAUCCAAAUCUCAGUCAAGAUCACAGUCUAGGUCUAGGUCAAAAUCUAGAUCAAGGUCUUGGACUAGUCCUAAGUCCAGUGGCCACUGAUAGUAUAAACCAUGAUAUUUUUAGGCAUGUAUCAUUCAUUUACUCAUAG